UUAGGCUAUUCUAGGUAGACCUAGAUCUAGUUUGAAUUAGGCAACGGAAGAAUACUGGGUUUGUAUACAUAAUAUCUCAAUUCGUAAGAGAUUCACAAUCAAGAAACAUCCGUGACCGCGCUACACAAUAGUGUUACAUUAUAAAGGAUAAUUUGAGGUUGCUUUGAGUCAUCAUGUCAAUUCACCCUAAUCACACAAUCUAUAUUAACAAUUUGAAUGAAAAGAUAAAGAAGGAUGAACUCAAAAAGUCUUUGUAUGCCAUAUUCUCACAAUUUGGACAAAUAUUGGAUAUUGUGGCUCUAAAGACCUUGAAAAUGAGAGGACAGGCUUUUGUAAUAUUUAAAGAAAUUAACAGUGCAGCAAAUGCUUUACGAUCAAUGCAAGGUUUUCCAUUUUAUGAUAAACCUAUGAGAAUCCAGUUUGCUAAAAAAGAUUCUGAAGUAAUUGCUAAGUUGAAGGGAACUUACGUUGAACAGCCCAAAAGAAGCAGAGAUAAACACGAAGAAGAAGGUGGUAAACGUAAAAAGAAAUCAAGGUCUCAGGGAGCCUCUGAUUCAAAUCAGAAUGCCACAUCUCAAGGUUCAUCAACACAAAUUGCCCCUAGACCACCACCUCAGUUGAACACCUCUGCUCCAAAUGCUCUUGCUUCUAUGCCUCAAAAUGCACCACCUGCAAUCAAUGCCAUUCCUGAGCAGCCUCCAAACCAGAUUUUGUUCAUCACUAACUUACCAGAAGAAACUACUGAGAUGAUGUUGUGUAUGCUUUUUAAUCAAUUCCCUGGAUUUAAAGAAGUUCGUCUUGUUCCUGGUCGUCACGAUAUUGCAUUUGUUGAAUUUGAAACAGAUGUUCAGGCUGGUGCUGCUAAAGAUGCUUUACAAAGUUUCAAGAUUACACCCACUAAUGCUAUGAAAAUCACAUUUGCUAAAAAAUAAAUCAGCUGUAUUUAGGGUGAGUUGGGCAGCAAUUACCAAGUUUUAUAAUGUCAGGUAAAAUUUUAAAAUGGAUCAAAUUGGCUGCCUAAAACAGCUGCUUCAGCAUUGCACACAGUCUUUACUUGCAAAUGUUUUAAAGUGAUUUUAUUUACUCCAACAUUUGCAUAAAGACAUUGCAUUGUAGCUGAUUUCAAGCAGCAUUGCACUAUUGGCAGACAUUAUUUUUAGUGCUCAGUUUGAUAAUUUUUUAUUUGUUCUGUAAUUAAAUUCUUAAAGACAUUUGUUUAUGAAGCAGAUGCUCUGCUGAUUAGUUAUUUGUACAUUAAAAACUUUGUAUUUUA